AUGCUUCAAAUCAACGCCGACUACCUGGCUGCGGGUGGCAAUAGGCACCCUUCUGCAGCGGAUUGGGAUAUCACUGGUGAUGUGGCUUUUGGUGCCGAUAGAAAUAUAGCUCUGUGGAGACCACAAGACCCGGAUUCGCAAGGCGUAUUCCAGAUCCUCUGCGGUCAUCAAGACGUUGUGAAUGCUGUCAAAUUCGUGCCCAGAGCUCCGCACGUUUUGCUCAGUGGCUCUGUUGACAAGAAUUUGAUUAUUUGGAAGAAGGAUGAAAGAUCCGGGCAUUACACCAACAUCCAACAACUCCAUCACCAGGAUAGCGACAACCACCAGAGCUCUAUAAACUGCAUCACGGUGGCCUCUGACUCCACAAUAUUCGCGUCUGGAGCCGCGGAUGGGACCGUAAAGAUAUGGUCACUGGACGAAAAGUACGAGGCAUUCCUACAGCAAACUAUAGUGGUGACUCCACGAUUCUUCCCGCUGGCGCUGGCUUUGAGCCCCCUUGCCGGCGCGCCUAAUUCCUAUGUGCUCGCGGUAGCUGGAACCAAAGACAUUAUUCAAAUAUAUGUGCGAGAUCCUGCAGUUAGCACCGAUUUCAGACUUCAAGCGACGCUUGCAGGACAUGAGGGAUGGAUAAGAUCCUUGGAAUUUACCACCGAGAGCAACGACCCUGAUAGCGACCUACUCUUGUCCUCAGCUAGCCAAGACAAAUACAUCCGACUGUGGCGAAUCCACCAGGGCAAAGAACUGCCAGCAGCUGCACCCUCGGCUGAUCCCUCGUUCGGGGCUUUCCUGCCCGGAAAGUCGCUCUCAAAUAAAGCCCAUCGGUUCAAGGCUCAGGGUCUCGAUUUCUCGGCGACUUUUGAAGCGUUGCUGCUUGGCCAUGACGAUUGGAUUUACAGUGCUAGAUGGAGAUCUGGUCCCAGUGGCAUACAGCUGCUUUCGGCAUCGGCCGAUAAUUCUCUCGCGAUAUGGGUGCCCGAUCCUGCAACUGGAGUAUGGGUGACUACCACACGACUGGGCGAGAUCAGCGCGGAAAAGGGGUCAACGACCGCUACCGGGAGCACUGGCGGAUUUUGGACGGGUCUUUGGGCGCCAUCUGGAAAGACGGUCAUCAGCCUCGGACGGACAGGCAGCUGGAGACUGUGGAAUUAUGACGCCCAGCAAGAACGAUGGCUACAAGGCAUUGGAAUUAGUGGCCAUACACAGUCGAUCACUGGCAUUGCAUGGUCGAAAGGAGGCGACUAUCUGCUUUCGACCAGCUCGGAUCAAACGACAAGAUUACAUGCAAAGUGGAAACGGGGAAGCAAGGAAUCUUGGCAUGAGAUGGCAAGACCUCAAAUUCAUGGCUACGAUCUCAAUUGCAUUGAUUCUCUAGGAGAAUCCCAAUUUGUAUCCGGUGCAGAUGAAAAGCUACUUCGAGUAUUUAGCGAGCCCAAAGCGGUCGCAAAUCUUCUGAGCAAACUCUGUGGCAUCAAGGGAUCUGGUAUUGAGGAGAUGCCAGAUGCUGCAAACAUGCCAGUCUUGGGUUUAUCGAACAAAGCCAUCGACGCGGUUGAAGACGGCGAAGAGGUUUUGAACGGGAACGGCCAAGGACGCGAUGCUGUUGAUCCGGCUUCUAUCGUACACAAAUCGACUUUAGAUCUCGAGCAACCGCCCUCUGAGGAGCAUCUCUCUCGGCACACCCUCUGGCCGGAGAUUGAGAAGCUCUACGGACAUGGCUACGAAAUAUCUACGCUAGCAGCAAGUCACGAUGGCUCUGUUAUUGCUACUGCUUGCAAAGCCAGCUCUAUCGACCAUGCUGUCAUCCGGCUGUUUGAGACGAAAGGCUGGCUUGAGGUUAAGCCGCCGCUAACAGCGCAUUCCCUGACUGUAACAAAGCUGAGAUUCUCUGCUGAUGAUCAAUAUCUCCUGAGUGUUGGUCGUGACAGGCAGUGGGCCGUAUUCAGACGCGACUCUGAUAACAAGCUAACUUACACACUAUCGGAGUCCGAUCCGAAAGGGCACAGUAGGAUGAUACUGGAUUCUGCAUGGGCACCGGACUCUUCAGACGUAUUUGCUACGGCUGGAAGGGACAAAAAGGUUCGGGUUUGGGCAAAGGAUGAAGGAGCAACUACAGGAUUUACUUGCCGCUCCACGAUAUCUGAGACCCACCCGGUUACAGCUAUUGAUUUCCUGGGCAAGAUGUUAGGAGAUGGUGUUGCGUACCUUGCAGUAGGGUUAGAGACCGGCUUCCUUGCGGUACACUCCGUGGACAUCAAAAAGGGCUUCGCCACGCAAAUGCUCGCAGUGAAAUACCCCAGGCAAGACUUCCUUUCCCUGAUUUUCAAAGUUGACUCACUUACCUUUUCUCAGCACAUACUCAAAUCCAUCGAAAGCUAUUACACAGCUGGCUUGGAAACCUGUAGCAUCACAGAACGAGGAUGGGGAAUUGGACAUGGAACUCGCAAUCGCGAGCGAAGACAGCUCAUUGCGGGUCUUUUCUUAUAA